AUGCCCACGCUCACAUUUUUUAUGUAUGAGCUCUAUCAUAUCACGUUGAAAAGAAUUUAUGAAAAAAAGUUCAAAACAAGAAUAAAUCCCGCCCAAAUGACCAUAUCCGCUCAGAGGUUCCAAAGGUGGGAUCAACCAUAUUGUGUUGGUUUAAAGGUACAUGGAUAUGUGGAUGAUUUAGAAGAUACUAACCAAUCAGGUGAAUCGUUAUAA